GAGCAAGCAGAAGACUAAAGUAGCUGAAUAGCUAAUCCUUUGAUUUGUUCUUCAAUGGCUACAUCAAUUUCUGCAACUGGGUUCAAAGGAGGCCUUUCUUGUUCUUCAUUCCAUGGAAGCUGGGGGACUUCUUUUGUUGGUGAAAAUUACACUGCCCUUACAAACUCAGUCCCGAGAUUGGUUCGUGUGGCUAAGCCAGUUAGGUCACAACCAAUUAUGAAGAACGUUAAUGAAGGAAAAGGUGUAUUUGCACCAGUUGUUGUUCUUACUCGCAAUCUCAUUGGCAAGAAACCAUUCAAUCAGAUUAGAGGCAAAGCCAUUGCUUUGCACUCACAGGUAAUCACUGAAUUCUGUAAAUCGAUAGGGGCAGAUGCCAAACAAAGACAAGGAUUGAUUCGAUUGGCAAAGAAGAAUGGAGAAAGGCUUGGAUUCCUUGCUUGAUGAAAUAUAUUGUAAUUUAAUUUCAGUAUAGUUUCUUUGAAUAUUUUCCAUUGAAUACCUUCUGUUCUAUAAUUUUUAAUUAAGCAAGUCAAGAUGCAU